AUGGACCGUGUUCGCAGACUUAUGACUGAAACGUCGGCCUACGAGCCACUGGAAGACUCCGCGGAGGACGGCGACCACGAUGACUCCCGACGGUCAUCCCGAUUCUCCCGACUGGAGUACAGCGUUUUCUUCCUCCUUGGAGUGGCCAUGCUAUGGGCUUGGAACAUGUUCCUAGCCGCAGCACCCUACUUUCACGACCGUUUCGAAUCAAGUGAAUGGUUUGCCACACAUUACCAGUCCUCCAUUCUCUCCGUUUCAACGGUCACGAACCUUGCAGCCGCGUAUAUCCUCGCCCGAAUGCAGAAGAAUGCGUCCUACCCGGGGCGCAUAACGCUUUCACUGCUUAUUAAUUGCGCCGUUUUCACUCUUCUGGCCUUUUCAACGAUCGUUAUGAAAGACGUCUCUGUGGGUGGCUACUUUGCAUUCUUGAUGAUCAUGGUGUUUGGCGCAAGCUUUGCAACGGGUCUCAACCAGAAUGGUGUCUUUGCCUACGUGGCGGGCUUCGGCAGAGAAGAGUACAUGCAGGCGAUUAUGAGCGGACAGGGAGUGGCUGGUGUUCUGCCGUGUAUUGCACAGAUUCUUUCGGUGCUAGUUGUGUCGAGGAAGCCGGGCCAGAACGGAUCGCCGCAGUCGUCUUCCAAAUCGGCCUUUACUUAUUUCUUAACUGCUACAGUCGUGUCUAUAAUCACCCUGCUAGCUUUCCUUCAUCUUCUCCGACGCCGCCCUAGUGUGCAGUCAAAGGCCCUGGAUGAAGACGACGAUGGAGAGGAUGACCAGGUAGACCAGAAGUCGGUCAGCUUGUGGAUGCUGUUCAAGAAGUUGCGGUAUCUGUCGGUGUCUGUCUUCUUGUGCUUCACAGUCACGAUGAUGUUCUUCCCCGUCUUCACCACGGAGAUUAGGUCUGUUAAUGACCCGGCCAAAUCCCGAAUGUACGACCCAUCUGUGUUCAUUCCGCUUGGAUUCCUCUUCUGGAACAUGGGAGAUCUUGGCGGGAGAAUGCUCGUGGCGAUCCCUCGCUUCUCUCUCGCGCACCGCCCCUGGAUAGCGUUUGUAUUCUCUAUUGCGCGUUUGGGGUUCGCUCCUCUCUAUCUACUCUGCAACAUAAACGGCCGAGGAGCCGUGGUGCAAAGCGAUUUCUUCUAUCUUUGCAUCGUGCAAAUCUUCUUCGGCGCAACCAAUGGCUACUUAGCAUCUAGCUGCAUGAUGGGCGCUAGCAUUUGGGUGUCAGAGGAUGAGAGAGAGGCCGCAGGAGGGUUCAUGGGCAUGAUGCUUGUGGGUGGAUUGACCGCAGGCAGUCUGCUUAGUUUCCUUGUCGCCAGCUGA